AUGCCGAAGUCGUUCGGACGCGUAGCAGCUUGAACACAACUUGGAAGAUAGUUUGCAAUCUCAAAGGUCAUGCUGUUUUUGGUGACGUUGUUCGCAUCCUUGGUUCUGGUCAGCUCCUUACAACAGGGAACUUAUGUCCCUUCUGCACAUCUGGAGGGUGGGGUCCCAGCGGCCACUGAUUACGCCGUGAAUCAAGUAAUUACCACAUGGAACACUGAUGACCCCAAAAGCCAUGCGUUAGACGGGUUCGAGUAUACCAAUGGAAGACUGCAAGUGCCCGAGGAUGGUCGUUACUAUGUUUACAUGCAGAUGUACUUCAACAAAAGGUCACACAACAAUAACAACCGUGUGGCUCUUUUUGCCAACAAUCGUAUUCUCUUGAUGAUUCACAAGGAUAUGUCGCCCGGACAGGAGAACACCGGUUUUGCUGGAGGCGUAUUCCAAUUGAAAAAAGGAGAAAAGAUCUACGUGAAAGUCAUUGGUUUUAACACCAAAAUGUGGUUGGGGCCUAACCACAGUUAUUUUGGUGCUUACCUGAUAUAACCUCUGAUAUUUUAGAGAAGCAAUUUGAUGCAAAGCAAAACUUAGAGAGCUCAAUAAAAGUAAAAGGAGCGUA